AUGGUCCGCAAAGCAGGCACAGACUGGCUAAGCAUAACCCUCCAAGCCAACGCGCAUACCCCACUUCAUCCCGACGGACUGCUUUACUUGUGGCGCGACCCCAGAGACAUACUCCCGCCGUUACUAAGCAUAACGUCGUUUCAAGAGCCGUCUACCACCAUGCUUGACUUCGGCUACGAUGAUAGUAGUAGCCCGACCUCACCUCGCCGUCGCGCACACACCGCUGCUCGAGGCGACGACUGGGGUGAUUUACUGUAUAACCACCACGAGAUCGCCCACAAUUGCGCCCAUCACUUGUUUAACUCGCGAGUCGAAACACCACGAUCGGUCUACGUUUGUGUCACAACCGAGGACCACGUGCCCCCCGUCAUCCCCAUGUACUAG